AUGAGUCAGAGGCAGGUGCUGCAAGUGUUCGAGCAGUACCAGAAAGCCCGGACCCAAUUCGUGCAGAUGGUGGCGGAGCUGGCGACCAGACCGCAGAACAUCGAGACGCUGCAAAACGCGGGUGUAAUGUCUUUGCUGAGGCCUCUUCUUCUGGAUGUGGUCCCAACAAUUCAACAGACUGCUGCUUUGGCUCUGGGGAGACUGGCUAAUUAUAAUGAUGACCUAGCAGAAGCAGUCGUGAAGGGCAACAUUCUUCCACAGCUUGUUUAUUCAUUGGCAGAACAGAAUCGUUUUUACAAGAAAGCCGCUGCCUUUGUGUUACGAGCAGUUGGUAAACAUUCUCCGCAGCUAGCUCAGGCGAUAGUGGAUUGUGGAGCACUGGAUACGCUGGUGAUAUGCUUGGAAGAUUUUGACCCUGGAGUCAAAGAGGCUGCAGCCUGGGCACUUGGCUAUAUUGCAAGACAUAAUGCAGAGCUGUCACAAGCUGUGGUGGACGCCGGAGCCAUUCCUCUUUUAGUGCUCUGUAUCCAAGAGCCAGAAAUUGCUUUGAAAAGGAUUGCUGCUUCGGCCCUCAGUGAUAUUGCAAAGCAUUCUCCAGAGUUAGCACAGACAGUGGUGGACGCAGGAGCAAUUGCUCACUUAGCCCAGAUGAUCCUGAACCCUGAUGCUAAGCUGAAGCGUCAGGUCCUUUCAGCUCUCAGUCAGAUUGCGAAACAUUCUGUGGAUCUAGCAGAAAUGGUGGUUGAAGCAGAGAUUUUUCCAGCUGUACUUACCUGUCUGAAGGACAAAGAUGAAUACGUGAAGAAAAAUGCUUCCACUUUAAUUAGAGAGAUUGCAAAACAUACACCUGAGCUUUCUCAGCUGAUAGUGAACACGGGGGCAGUUGCUGCCAUGAUCGACUGCAUGGGGUCCUGCAAAGGAAACGUAAGGCUGCCGGGCAUCAUGAUGCUUGGCUACGUGGCAGCUCAUUCUGAGAACCUGGCAAUGGCGGUCAUCAUUUCCAAGGGUGUGCCCCAGCUGUCAGUCUGCUUGUCAGAAGAGCCAGAAGAUCAUAUUAAGGCUGCUGCUGCCUGGGCCUUGGGACAGAUCGGGAGGCACACUCCAGAGCACGCACGGGCUGUCGCGGUCACAAACACUUUGCCUGUCCUGCUUUCUUUGUACAUGGCGACCGAAAGUUCUGAGGAUCUUCAAGUGAAAAGUAAAAAAGCCAUAAAGAAUAUCCUACAAAAAUGCACCCAUUUACCAGCUCUCGAGCCACUUCUUCAUGAUGCUCCUCCCAAUAUUCUGAAGUAUGUGGUUGGACAGUUCAGUAAGGUGCUGCCACAUGAUAGCAAAGCUCGACGACUUUUUGUAACAAGUGGUGGACUUAAAAAGAUUCAAGAAAUAAAAGCAGAACCUGGAUCUCUCCUUCAAGAAUACAUCAACAGUAUUAACAACUGUUACCCAGAAGAAAUAGUAAGGUAUUAUUCCCCUGGAUAUUCAGAUAUACUUCUGCAGAGAGUGGACAGCUAUCAACCACUUACUAACUGAGCAAAGUUACAUUUUUAUACUCAAAUUCACAGCAGAGUAUUUAUGAAUGACAGUUGUUAAAGCUCUUUCUAAAUAUUUGAACUAAAUACAUUCUAGCUUUAUUCACUGUGAAAAACCUUUGGAUAUUUUCUAAAUUUAUGGAAUACUUUAAAAAUUAGUGGCUUGAAUGUAUGAGGAACUAUUCAUGUUCAUUUGCAUAGGAUAUGAUCUAAAGGUAAAUUUUUAAAAGACAUUAAAGGAUCUAAGGCAUUAGAUAUUGUUCCAUUAAAGACCACACGCACACACCCACACACCCUUCCAACUAGAUACAGAUGAAAGAUGGUGUUCAAAAACUCUUAAUUAUUUUGCCAAUUCCUCACAGGCACAGGCAAGGAAGGCUGGCCUUGCAAAUUCCACAGUAGGAUAUCCAAGGGAAGUACUAGCUGAAAGAGGACACUGAUGACAAAGUACAGGGCAUUUGAAAGACAUACUGAUGCUGGUUACACAAAUGUGUUAGCCGAACACAUGGAAUCUAUCAAUAACCUGGCAGGUUUUCUUAAAAUUUAGGAAGUCUCCUCUUCAUCCUAAGCUUCCUAAACCUUUUCUUACCCUACCUAAACUGUUCCUUACCUUUCCUGGGGCUGGACAGGGUAGAAGUCAAUAUUAAGCACUAUGCUAUUGCAGGCAUGCUUUCCAUUUUCAUUGAAAGGUUUCUUCUUAGUCUAGCCCUGCUCAUGAAUAAACAAGGAAGCAAGCAAAUAAAAUGGGUCCUCAGUGUUCCCUUGUCCUAGCUUCACAUUCCCAGGUUUCAAAAGUCAGAUUUUCAGGGAUUUAAGGAAAAAUUUGAAAAGAAUACUGUCCGACUCAGACUUUACAUUUUCACAAACAGAGCUGAGAGGAGGGUAAGAGGGAGUUGUGAUAAAAUUUUAUAUAAAAACAGCAUUAGAACUGUCCUUUUCAUUUUUCCGUUGUAGUGUUUCUGACCUUGGGGAAUAUGUGAUUAGACUCAGGAGUCUUGGUUAGUUGGCAGCUGUGUCUUUUUUUUAAUCUAAAGGACAUUCCUUACAGUGAUCUCCCCUGGAGGCCUGGAGAGGAAAUAAAUGGUAACCAGAGAGCCCCUUGGACACAGUGUUUCCAGUCUGGUUGGCCUUCAGGUUUCCUUCUCAGACUCUUUUUUUUUUCCCCUCUCAAAAGAAACCUACCCAUUUAUUUUUGGUAUUUUCUGGAUUCAUCUCUGUCAUCAUUUCCUAACAGUACAUAGCUUUGUUGUAUAUUUUUAAAUUUCAUCAUACCCAAGAUUACCCCAUUUCUUUUUGCCUUGUAUCAGUCUACAAUUGCCUGCAGUUUGACUUUUUAAUACUUUUUGAAAAGGGCCUAUUUUGUUUCCUUGCAGUAAUCUCUUAGAUCCAUUGCAUAAGAAAAUGUAAUCUUUAUCCUCAGUUUUGUAGCUUCCCUUUCUCUCCUUCCUGCCUGCCCAGCUUCUCAUAUGAACCUUUUAACAAACUGAGAAAAUAAAGGUGGUUUCCAUCUUUCUUCAUUAAUAAUGACAGAAAUUAGUCCAUCUACUAUAAGACCUCCUCAAAUGUUGUGGGAA